AUGAGACACCUUCCAUUCCGCGUGGCAACUUGCUCGCCUGCACGACGGGCCCACGCGUCGAAAUGGAGCUUCGGCAAGGGUUCAUAUCGACGACACCUGUCCACCCCCAAAAGUGAAAGCGACGAUGAACCCCUGAGAAUCCUCUUCUGCGGCACCGACAGCUUCAGCGUGGCCUCGCUGCAAGCUCUUGCGCAGUACUCCAAGAGUGAAGCCGGGAGCAACGUCCUCUCGAUCGAUGUCGUGACAAGGACCGACAAGAGGGUCGGCCGGGGUCGCAAGCUCGUCAAGCCGCCGGCCAUCAAGCCCGCGGCGCAGGAACUGGGCCUGCCGGUGCACCAGAUCGACACGUUCAGGGGCUGGAGCCCGCCCGUGUUCAGCGACACAAGCACGCCAAAUUGCAACCUGGUCAUCGCCGUCUCUUUUGGGUUGUUGAUCCCGCCUCGCAUCUUGGGGUCUGCAAGGUAUGGGGGUCUGAAUGUCCACCCUUCCAUGCUUCCAGACCUACGCGGUCCGGCACCUAUCCAAUGGGCCAUCAUCACUGGACGGCGAAAAACCGGCAUUUCGCUGCAGACGCUUCACCCUACGCGGUUCGACGAGGGCGUAGUCCUGGACCAAACGGCACCUCCGGGGCUGGAUAUCCCCCGUCCAGACGAAAUCACGGCCGAGGAACUCACGAGCUAUCUAGCUCCCAUCGGUGCCAGAAUGUUGGUUGACGCCAUCAGGAAUCGUCUGUAUCUUCCACCUUACAAAGCCAUCGAGUCUAGCAAUAUCUCGAGUGGGGUCUUGACGCAUGCUCCGAAGAUCACGAACGAACUUUGCGCCAUCGACUUUGGGGCACUCACGAAAUCCGAGAUUCUCAGGCGAGACCGUGCACUUCAAGCCCUUCAUGGCUUUGUCAGGUUCGGUCCUGAGCCGACGCAGGUGCUCCGUAUCAAUUUCGGGACGGACAUGAGGGACGUACGGGUGGGAGACAUCCCAGAAGAGGUUAGGAUUGCAGCGGAAGCGAUGCCGGCUGGUGUUCCCUACGCCAUUGUUGCCACACACGAGAAUGUCAACGAGAGUUCGGGACCUCUAAUCGUGAACGCACAGUCAGAAAAGCAUCAGGAGAGUCGCCAAGUUGUCAUUCCGACAAUCACUGUCGCGUCUAAGUCAAAAGGCCCAGGUGCCGGAGCGGCCGCCCGCGCAAAAUUCUUCUCCGAGCCCGAAGACCUCGGCCAGUAUAAGUUUUAUCGCUUCUCCCACCCUAUAUCUGGGAUGUCAGAGCCCCCGUACGUCCAAAUGUCUGGCAACACCGCGGGGACUUGA